UCUGCCAAGAGACAGGCUCCUGUCCAUGAAUUGAACGAAAAUGCCACGGCAGACAAUGGUUGGAUUGCCCUCAACGGAACGGUUUGGGAUUUCUCAAAUUUUGCCGCUCAGCACCCAGGCGGCGGAGAGGUCAUCGUCCAACACCAGGGAAGGACAGCAGCGACGUAUAUAAGGACCUUCACAGUCCAGCGCUUGUACAGCGACGUUUUGGGGAGCAGAGAAGAAUAGGGAACACUCGGGACAAGCGGGCUCGGCGACGGACCAGACAAACAAGGAGGGUUCGAACAAGCGGCAGCAUAACUCGCUGCCUCCGCUAGAGUCAAUCACCAGUCUCAACCACUUCGAAGCAGCCGCAUCGCCAGCACUCACGAGAAAAGCACUUUUAUAUCUUUCGGGCGCCACCAAAGAUGGAAUUACAGAGCAAGCGAACCGAAAAGUGUACAAUCGGGUUCUGUUCCGUCCGCACGUCUUACAAGGCGUCGGAACAGUGAACACGAGCACGCAGUUUCUCGAUCUCACACUUUCAUGUCCUAUAAUGGUGGCACCUUCAUCGUCGAACCAGCUAUCUCACCAUGACGGUGAGAUUGCGAUUGCGCGGGUAUCCCAACGUUUUGGCGUCCUUCCCAUUGCACCGUCUGUGGGAUCAUUUUUCGCUUUUCGAAAUAUUUGAGGCCCUCGAUUGCAGUCAUCCUUUCUUCUUUCAAUUAUACGUCAAUCGCAACCGUCGCAAAGUAACUCGUAUCUUGGACGAAGCACGUCGACUUGGAGCUCGAGCAAUCAUGGUGAUGUCCGACUUACGCGCGAUCAGUAAGAGAGAGUCUGUGAAAGAGUCCUCGACCUUAACCUUGAUCAGUAAGGACCAUGAGUUAGAAGUCAAUACAUCAGGCCUAGGUUCGGGUUCGCUUUUAAGUUCAGAAUUGGUCCGUCAAGCUACACAUCCGCCAGUGAAUAAUGUUAUCGACCCCGACCUCAACUGGGCGGACAUCCAAUGGGUUGCGCGCCACACGGGACUCCCAGUCUUUGUUAAAAGAUAUUCAGCGGGCGCAAGAUGCCAAGGUGGCUGCGGACAUCGGAUGUGCGGGCAUCUAUCUCUCGAAUCAUGGAGGACGGGCCCUGGACACCGCACCGCUCGCGCUUCUCGUGCUUCUUGAGAUCCAGAAGACAUGUCCCGAGAUUUUGACCCAAAUGGAGGUCAUCACUGAUGGUGGCAUUCAACGAGGAAUGGAUGUUUUGAAAGCCAUCUGCCUAGGUGCUCGUGCUGUUUGUGUAGGGUGUCCUUGUCUAUGGACCAUG